CUGGAUUCACAAGAGCUACUCCGUACUACAUAGACCGUUCAGUUCUUCAGAUUCAUCCUCAACUCGUAUGUUCCAAGACCAACCUCUCCCUUGCUCCCGUUGAGUGAGUUGUAGGACUCGCCUACAAUGUCCUCUUACAACAAAAGACGCGCCGAAGAUUUUGUUCGCACGCACGACCAUGCCCAGCCCAGCAAAAAGCCUCGCUUCGACGUGCGCAAUCCCUCCGCACUAGCUCCCGAUGCUCCUGAGGACGAUGCAAUCCUGGAUGCGGAUGUCAUCGGCUCACGAGGUCAACAAGUGCGCCGUGGCGCUGUGAAUAUUGAUGGUUACGAUUCUGACAGCGACAAUGACAACUUCAACGCUCGCGCUGAUGCAAAAUCUCGCGCAGAGAAGGCCGCCGCUCAAAGGUCCAAACAAGAAGAACAAGACGAUAUGUUUGCUGACUUGGAGGACGAUUUUCGUGACGGGGAUGACUCAGAAGGAGACGCGGCCCGUCGAGGAGGGAAGAAGAAAGCCGUACGAUUUCUGGACACAGAUGAGAUUCAAGGACAGGUGCAAAAUUCAAGAAGCGGUGGUCAUGUUUCGGCUGAUUUCAGCCUGAAUGGAAGUGGCCACGGCAAAGGCAAGGCAAAAGAUAGAGAGGUCGAUGAUGAGGUGGAGAGUAGCAGUGACAGUGAAGUUGAUGACGAGAUGAGAGCAAGCACAGGUGAACUUGACCCAGAACUGGGUGCUGGAGGCAAGAAAGCCCACGCACCAAAGUUGGAUGCUUUCAAUAUGAGGACGGAAAUGGAGGAGGGCCGGUUUGAUGAGCAACAGAAUUAUGUCCGCAAAGCAGUAGACCCUGAUGCUAUCCACGAUGUCUGGCUGGAAGGAGUCUCAAAGAAGCAAAUGCGAAAAGCCAAAGAGGCUGCUGAGAGGCGCGAGGAGGAGCGAAGGAAGCGUGACAUCGAGGAUGACGCCCAGUCGACAGGAGAGGUCCUGGGCCGCCUUAUUCCAUUGCUUGAACGCGGUGAAACGGUCCUGGAAGCUCUUGCCCGACUUGGUAAAGGCAAAGAUAAAAAGGCCAAGUGGCAGACAAAGAAGAUCAAGAAACAGAAUGGCAAUGAACAGGCCGAAGAUGAUGCGAUCGAAAAGGCUCGCAAGGAAAAGGUCGAGGCUAUCACUGGAGCAGCCGACAUAUUGUUAACACGCGGUCAACCCGAGGUCUACGACAGUGAAAGAGAAUUACUCGUCAGACAAUACAGAAGAGAGACUGGUGAAGACUGGGUUGAGUCUCAGCCCAAAGAUAUUGAAGCUGGCAAUACUAGCCCUGACGCUGCGGAACAUAUGUGGGAGUAUCGUUGGACUGAUGCAAGGGAUGGCGGUACCAUCAACGGUCCAUAUACUGGCGAUACCAUGCGACAAUGGAGUGAUGCUGGAUAUUUUGGUGAGGGUGUUGAAUUCCGUAGAGUGGACGGUGGCAACUGGUCCGCAAUAGCCGAGUUCGCCUGAUGAUACUGUCGUCCGAUAUUCCGAAUAAUCGACUUCCUAAGCAUGGAAUAUUUCUUUAUCCGUUCGACCUUCACCAUCCCACGCUGUCGCUUCGGUAUGCCGGAAUGUCAUAACUCGCCAGUUGAGUUCACGACGCCAGAACAGACCAUAGCUCAAAUGAACGCCACCUCUUUCCGCGGACAGUCCACCACUGCCAGGCAUUUGUCGACCUAAAACGCAUGCCCGGAAUCGUGAGUGAAUCAUGCCCAUCCCACAGCAGACGCAUGGUUCAUGGGUCAAAUAGAUGUCCAGUCCGCUACAAAGAUAGCCCUCCUUUUGAGGUCCCGAUUGCUUUUCUGGCAGCACAGUGUCGUGGCUCUCUCCAAUGUUGACGUUGCCGACUUUGCUGGUAAGAUCUUCGAGAAUUUUUUCAUCAUCUUCAUAGCGAGCCUCAAUGGCGGUGAGAGCCUGGCCAGACGGUGUUUCGCGGUAGGUGGUGAGGAAUUUCUUGUGACCACCGGCUGCAAUGCGUCUGCGUAAUUCUUUAUUGGCCACCAUCGCAAUGGCACGCAUGACAGCAUGGUAUUCCGGGCGCCCUUCACCACGUGUGCCUCGACGACCUUUUUUGGGUUUGGGAACAGGGUUAGGAGAGUACCAACGAGCAUCGCCAGCGACUGCAAUGACAGCACCAGUUUCUGGAUCCACAACCACAGCACCCACCGCGCGUCCGUGGCCCAUCUCGCGGGCUUCAAUCGCUGCCAUCAUGGCUAGUUGCAAGUAUUUGUCAGCAGCUGGAACUUCCAGCUGGGUUCUGAUCCGCUUGAGGUGCUGCAGCGGGGGGGCAUCCUGAAGAACCUGCGCUGCAGGAUUAUAGAUCGUCGGCCAGUAUCGUUCAGACCACAAGGAGGCUUGCUCGACGUUGAGCGGACCGUAGCGUGGCACCACUGCAUCGAAGCAACGUGGGAGGCCUUCUUCUUCGAUAUGUGGCAAGAAGUGGUCACGAAUCUUCUCCCACGGCACUACCGUGUUUGGAACAAGGAGGAAACAGGUUUGCAAGCCUCUUGAGUCGUAGUCACGACGCCAUGUCAGAUCUUCUGGGAGGUGAGAAAGCGUGCACACUCGUCGGAAGUGACUGAAGGAGGGAUGCUUGCCACCGCUCGGAAUGAUGGGCUUGACAAGGCUGCAGUUGUCAUUAGUGGUAUCCUGACUGCGGUUGAUAGGAGACUUGCCUCAGUGCUUUGCUAGUCAAUUUGGCUGGAAUCUCCACCACGAAUGCUUGUACUGGGCCAACGGUCAGUUUGCUUGUGUUUUGCUUGAUGACCUGGACAGCAAACAUACCGAACUCAACCUCGGACCGCGUCUCGUGGAGAGUCUUGAGGGGCUCAAGAAAGGCCACUGGUUCCUCCAUGAUUGGCAGGCUUGACAGACCCUGGCUGCAUGAUCCUGAAGGAAGCCCCAAUGAUGGAGGAAAAGAAUCAAGUCAAGUUCUGCAGAAAAGAAGAGUAGGUUGCAGUUUUGUUUGGGGUUGUCGUAAAUGACUUCACAGUCGUUCCUGCAGUCUAGGGUCUUUGUGUGUGGCAGAGACAGGCGGUAAGUGGUCUGGGUAGUUUAACUGAAAGAAAGAGCAUAGGCAGAAAUUUUACAGGUGAAGCAGGACAAGUCGUACAGUGAAAUAUUAACCUGCUAAUGGACAGUCGAAUAGAAGGUUGGGGAAUGUAUGUACAAGAAAAGAAGAAUCGUCGACUGUGAAAGGUGGAAUCUAUGUCCCCGUCUUCGUUGUGCCUUUUUGUUUGAAUUGAGAUCGUUAUGAGUGGAAGACCGAGUCACUCACUCAUUUAUCAAUAUUGUUGGCCG